AUGAAAUCCCACUCAGGGAUCUCCAUGACCGCCUACAUUCCGCUUAAUGCACCAAACAGUUCUAUGACUCCUCACGCACCUCUCCAGAGUUGUACUAUCCACCAGUGUAAGCUUGACCCACGUACCGCAAACCUUAACGCCGUAAUCGACAUUAGGGGCGCUGAGAGUUUAAUGUCCCUUCACCUGCAGCAGCAGGCCGCGACAUCCGUUGAUGAUACUGAAGAAGAUCUGGAGGACGCACAUGCUCCGAGAGGAGGCAGCAAAGGAGGGCGCAAGAACCAGCUCCCAGGCUGGGCAUACACAGUAGCUCUCCUGAGCAUCCACAACAAUACAAUCAAUCAUCUACCACAUCAUUUGUCAAAGCUGGAGCGAGAAGAGAAAUAUGUCGAGAAGGUGAUUCGUCAAACCAUCCGAAAAACAUCCUUGAUGCUGAGCGAGGAUAUAACCAAUCCUGCUCUCGCAGAUAUCAAUAGUAUAUCAGGACACUGUCCAGACUCAGGCUUGUCAACAAAUAAAUCAAAUCCAAAUCGAUCCAAAUCUUGGCAAAUCAAAUGA